UUUCUUUCUGAAUUGAGCCCUAAAUUGAAAGUUUUUGAAAUCCCUUCAUUCAAAGUUUUCCCCCAUUUAAACCGUUUGUUCCUUCAACUUCAACCCUUCAAACAAUCUCCCGCCAAUUCUCCACAUCCCGUACCAAUAAAAAACUCACAUUACUGUCACACCCACUCAAACUGUUUUCCAACAACACUUUUCCCGUUUUUCUCUAUUUUUUUAAACAACCAUUAAUUCGUUUUAGGGUUUUUUUACAUUUCAGAUCCCAAUCCCCAAUUCGAACAAUUCAAGUAAACAAAGUCUGCAUUUUGAAAAUACUUUCCAUUGUUUCUUUGCUCUCCUUUAUUUUGGUUUGCUCCCUUGUGAGUGUUCGAUGAAGGUUGUGGAACUCCCAGUUUCCAUUGGUUGGUACAUAAAAUUACUUGCAAAUAAGUUGAUUUUUCGGUAUUCCAGACAAUGAGUGCUGUGAAUAUUACUAACGUCACCGUUUUGGACAAUCCGGCGCCGUUCUCGAGUCCGUUUCAGUUCGAGAUCUCUUACGAAUGCGUUGCUCCUCUUAAAGACGAUUUGGAAUGGAAACUUAUUUAUGUGGGAUCUGCUGAGGAUGAAACUUAUGAUCAGCAUUUGGAAAGUGUCCUAGUAGGACCUGUGAAUGUUGGAAACUACCGUUUUGUAUUACAGGCUGAUCCUCCAGACCCAUCGAAGAUACGAGAAGAAGAUAUUAUUGGUGUCACUGUGCUCCUGUUGACGUGCUCAUACCUUGGCCAGGAAUUUGUCCGAGUGGGCUACUAUGUAAACAAUGAUUACGAGGAUGAGCAGCUGAAAGAGGAGCCUCCCCCAAAGGUUAUGAUUGAUAAGGUCCAAAGAAAUAUAUUAUCUGAUAAACCCAGGGUAACAAAGUUCCCCAUCAAUUUUCAUCCUGAAGAUGGUGAAAGAGCAGAGGAACCCCCUCCUCCCGACCACCCUGAUGAAACCGAUCAAAAGGAAGAAAAAUCAUCUGCCUCACCUGAUCAUCCUUCCAACAAUCAGGAAUCUUGAAUUUAGCAAUUACAGGACCAAUCUAUUUUCUGACCUUCCAAUUCUUUAAUUUAAGGUUAGAAACUUCACCUUACCAACAGAAUAACGCUUUGAUUUUUUCGACAACCAGAUUGAAAUGUUGUAAGUGAUGUUCGAUGAAUGAGCUGAAUGAGGCUGAUUCUGUUGUCAAUCCAGUCUUUUCCUUUGUUGGUUAAUUUUUGCAUUCUAAAUUGAAUUUUCAGUCUGUACUAAUGGAGGCUAAUAUUUUCGGUCUCAUUGCUGU